AUGUCUUUUCGCGGAGGAGGUCGUGGUGGCUUUGCCACCGGUGCUAAUCGCGGCGGUUUCGCCGGCCGUGGCCGCGGAGGCUUCCAGCAACAGUCGUUCGGCCCCCCUGCCCAGGUCCUAGAAAUGGGAUCGUUCAUGCACGCUUCCGAAGGCGAGAUGGUUUGCGAAUCUGUCAACCCCAAGAUCCCCUACUUCAACGCCCCCAUCUACCUGGAGAACAAGACCCCUAUCGGAAAGGUCGAUGAGAUUCUCGGUCCUAUCAACCAGGUCUACUUCACCAUCAAGCCCCAGGAAGGAAUUGUCGCAACCUCUUUCAAGCCCGGUGACAAGGUCUACAUUGGUGGCGAUAAGCUCCUUCCUUUGGAGAAAUUCCUUCCCAAGCCCAAGCCUCCUCCAGGUGCUGCGAAGCCCAAGAGAGCCGGUGGUGCUGGCCGUGGCGGACCCAUGCGUGGUGGACGCGGCGGCGGACGCGGCGCUCCUCGUGGCCGUGGUGCCCCCCGAGGCCGUGGUGGCUUCGGUGGUGGUGGUGGUUUCUCGAGAGGAGGUGGUGGUGGCUUCAGGGGUGGCAGAGGAGGUCCCCGUGGAGGUGGAGGCUUCCGCGGACGUUAG